AUGCGCGUGCCGUCAUUCUCUAUUCUAUCGACCGCCCUGCUCCUCGUCGGAGGCUCAGUGGCUGGGUGCUAUGGGAAGCCUAGCACCUGCCUCGACGCCUCGAUUGUUGCACAUACCGGCACGCCGGUUGGCAAGGAAGUCAAGCACGGCAACCUUACGCUUUACAUCUCCCAGCCGGACAAGAAGAAUGCCCGCGCCAAGGCCAGAGCCGGCGCAGCGGUCCUCCUCUUGACCGACGUUUUUGGCCUCGCCCUGCCCGAGAACAGGCUACUGGCCGAUAGUUACGCCCGUGCUGGCUAUCUCACCGUCGUGCCCGACCUCUUCAACGGCAGCCCAGCCCCAGGCGACAUCAACGUGCCCGGUUUCAACACGACCGAGUUUCUCGCGCAGCACGGCCCCUCGGUCACGGACCCCAUCAUCGCGGCCACCGUCUCGUACCUGCGCAGCAAGCUGGGCGUGAUCCGCAUCGCCGCGCCGGGCUACUGCUUCGGGGGGCGCUACGCCUUCCGCUUCCUGGACGACGACGCGCCCGCGGGCGGCGUCGACGUCGGCUUCGCCGCGCAUCCCAGCCUGCUAGAGGCCGGCGAGAUCGCGGCCAUCCGGGGACCGGUGUCGAUCGCGGCGGCGGACAACGAUAACCUGUUUGAUGCGGCGGCGAGGGCGGCUGCCGAGAAGGUGCUCGCCGAGAAGCCCGAGAAGGUGCCGUACCAAGUGAAUCUGUACUCUGGCACGAGCCACGGGUUUGGCGUGCGCGUCAACCUGACAGAUCCGCAGCAGAAGUAUGCCAAGGAGCAAGCUUUCUUGCAGGCGGCCAGGUGGUUUGAUCACUCGUUUGGGCUGGAGUAG